UAUAAGCCGAUAUAUAUCUCCGAAUUCCAAUUUGCGAUCAUCCAACUUCGCUACCGCCUUUAUCCACUCAGGGUCCUCGUCUCCCCGUUUAUACAGUCAAUUCGAGGGAGGAAUGGCCGCGGCCCAGCUGUACGUUGUGAUUCUGCUACUUUUGGGGUUCAUCUCCACGUCUCAACUACAGGCUGUCGCAGUUGAACCGAUUUCCCAUCUAAAAUUGAACUCUAAGAUUCUUCAGGUACUUGCUACCCAUCUAAAAUUGAACUCUAAGAUUCUUCAGGAGUCAAUUAUUAACCUGGUAAAUGGAAACCCCAGAGCUGGAUGGAAAGCUGAUAUGAGUCCUCGAUUCUCUAAUUACACUGUUGGCCAAUUUAAGCACCUUCUUGGAGUCAAACCAACACCACAGCAUGAUUUGAAGAAUGUUCCUGUUAUCACUCAUUCAAAAACAGUGAAGUUGCCGGAUCAAUUUGAUGCCAGAACAGCAUGGCCUCAAUGUAGCAGCAUUGGAAAAAUUCUUGAUCAGGGUCAUUGUGGUUCUUGUUGGGCUUUUGGUGCUGUUGAGUCACUAUCUGAUCGUUUUUGUAUCCAUUUUGGCAUGAAUAUUUCUCUAUCUGUUAAUGAUCUCUUAGCAUGCUGUGGCUUUUUGUGCGGUGAUGGUUGUGAUGGUGGUUAUCCUCUUUAUGCAUGGCGAUACUUUGUCCACCAUGGUGUCGUCACUGAAGAGUGUGACCCAUAUUUUGAUAAUACUGGAUGUUCACAUCCGGGUUGUGAACCUGCGUAUGCUACACCAAAGUGUAAGAGGAAGUGCGUAAACAAGAACCUGCUCUGGAGGCAAUCAAAACAUUUCAGUGUCAGUGCAUACAGAAUCCACUCAGAUCCCAACAAUAUCAUGGCAGAAGUUUAUACAAAUGGACCAGUUGAGGUCUCUUUCACUGUCUAUGAGGAUUUUGCUCAUUACAAGUCAGGUGUUUACAAGCACAUGACAGGUGAUGUCUUGGGUGGUCAUGCUGUAAAGCUAAUUGGAUGGGGAACUACUGAGGAUGGGGAGGAUUAUUGGCUUCUUGCAAAUCAGUGGAAUAGAAGCUGGGGUGAUGAUGGAUACUUCAAGAUCAAAAGAGGAACAAAUGAAUGUGGCAUUGAAGAGGAUGUGACUGGUGGCUUGCCUUCAUCCAAAAACUUGAUUAAAGAGUUCGCUAAUAUGGAUGCUACUCUUGAUGUGUCAGUUUGACAGUUGAUUAUUCUAUGGAGAGAGUGCUAUCCAUAAGCUGUGGAAUUUGAUCUAAUAUGCGUGUGUGUGUGUGUGUGUGUUGUGUUUAAGAUGAAACAAAGGCAGAUGUGAUCCUUGUUAUUUGUUUGUAUGUGUGAACAAAUGAUAUGCUGGUUUGUGAAAAAUAAAAGAAAAAUCAAUGACAAUUUAUAGCCAUAUUGUACUGACGCUGGAUAAUGGCCUUGUUAAUUUAUAGCCACGUUCUUCCUUUUUAAUGUGCAUA